AUGAUUAAAGAAGAGCUGCAAGCCAAAGGGUAUGCCAUACGUCAAAUAGUCAACGUAUUGCAUAGAACAACAAAAGAAAAACUACCUCUCUACUUUGUAGAUUUAGAGCCACAAGCCAACAAUAAGGAUAUUUUCAGUAUAAAAUACAUCAACCAUGUCAAAGUUACAAUCGAAGCACCUUACAAGAAAAAAGAAGUAUUGCAAUGUAAGAGAUGUCAAAGAUUUGGGCACUGUAAAAAUCAAUGCUUUAGACCUUUUCGAUGUGUCAAAUGCGUAAAAGAUCACCCAACAAGCACAUGUACUAAAACUUCUGAGUUAGAAGCAGUGUGCGCUAAUUGUCAAGGCAAACACCCGGCGAGCUACAAAGGUUGCAUUAAAUAUAAGCAGUACAAAGAAAAAAUUCUAAGCCUCAAACCCGCCCAACAACCCAAACAAACACACGUUACUACACACCCAAAACAGAGCAUCACCGAGAAUGACAAAUCAACGCACCACACAGGCUUCAGCUAUGCCAGUGUACUGAAGAACAAGCGUGACAAUUCUUUUACUCAGUCACGCGUUCCUAUUUUGGACGCGAGCCAACAGAAUAUAACAAGCUUAUUGGACACAAUGUUUGAAAGAUUCCAAAAAAUCAUGAAAGACAUGAUGGACAGCAUGAUUGAUCAGAUGAUCAAACUAGUUACACGACUUACCGCACAUAGGGACUAA